AUGCCAUUUAAUAGGCAUAAUAAAUAUAAGCCAUCGGAUGGAUUUAAAAACAAUAUUAUAAGGAAGAUUCAGCAAUAUCUUGGCUUUCAAGUACAAAAAUAUGAAAAAGAAGAUUACGGCAACAUAAUUCAAUCAGAAUUUGAAGAAGAAUAUAAAUCAAUAGUCAUUCUACUAAUCAAGAUAGAAGAAGAAGGAUGUUCUAGUCAAAAUAACUAUUCACAUCUUACAUUCGAACAGCAAAGAGACAAAUCAGCAGAAGAUAUGAAAGAUUAUGCCACUCGUAAAAUCUUAACAAAAUUACAAACACUUCGUCAAAAACGAAUUAAAAAUCACUCGAAAGUUGAAGAAUCAGCCAAUAUAAAUAAUGAAGAUUGGAUCAAGUGUAAACCUAAAGAUGAUAAAAUUGCAAAACAUAUUUGGAAAACAUGGUGUAAAGAGCGAACACAAAGUCCUCGAGCCGGCACAAUUUUUGUUCAUCUUAGCGAAUCGGAUGGCAUAAAGGUUCUGCUUAUAAAAUAUAACAAAAAUAAUUGUAUUAUAUAUGGUUUUCCGAAAGGGAAAAUAGAAUUUGGUGAGACCAUUGAAAAAUGUGCAUCUCGCGAAACAUCCGAAGAGAUUGGUGUGAAUGCAAAAGAUGUAUAUAAUUAUAUAAAAAAUAGUGUUCCUAUUAAAAAACUAGUCUUCGAUGAUAUCACUGGUUCACUGAAAGAACACUAUUAUUUUUUGGUUCAGGUUCGCUCGACAGAUAUAAGUUUCAAAUUAAACGAAAAUGAAGUAACUGAUGUUGAAUGGCGCAGUGUUUAUCGUUUGCCAAGCAGUUUACAUUGUGAUGUAGUAAAUUUGAUUGAUUCUGCUGAUCUUUCAAAAGAAUCAAAUUAUUUUAUGGUUAUUUGCAAUUACAAGAGUACAGAUAAUACAUCACUUGUAGAGGAUAUUAUUAAAAAGGUGGAUGAGAUACAUGGAAAUCAAAAUGCUUACGAAAUUUACAAAAGAACUCAUCGGACCUGUUGUUACAAUAGUUAA